GAGAUUUGUGAAACACGUUUUGACUCUGAGAUAUCUUCGUCUGCCCCAACCAAACCAAUACCAUUUCUUUUUCUUUUCUUUCUUUCUUCCUUUCAAAACCCACGCACCCAAUCAAAUAAAUCAAACACAAAAUAAAACGAGAAGAAAUUCCAUCCUUGAGUAGAUGAGCCUCUUCUGAUCUUCAACUACGGCUGCGGAAGUCUACGAAUUCGGAAGGUAAAGCACGUUUCCGGUAGCGGGGCUGGGACACCUUCGAAUCGAUCGGUCGGAGGAGCGUCAGAGAAAUUCAAACUACAGAUGCCGGUGGAGGACCUGCUCGACAUCAAGUUCAGGCUCUUCGAUGGCUCCGAUUUGGGCCCUUUUCAAUACUCCUCGGCCUCCACCGUCGAUACGCUUAAGCAGAGGGUUGUCUCCGAUUGGCCCAAAGGUAAAACAAUCGUACCAAAGACAGCGAAUGAGGUGAAACUAAUCAGUUCUGGUAAAAUCUUGGAAAACAACAAGACCGUUGGUCAGUGUAGAAUGCCUUUUGGUGACAGUGCCGGAUGUGUUGUAAUAAUGCAUGUUGUCGUACAGCCAUCUCUAGCAAAGACUAAAACAGAAAAGAAGAUUGAUGAUUCUCCUAGGAAAAUUGUCUGCUCGUGUUCCAUCUUGUGAAAGCAACUGUGAUAUAG